GCCCAAUGCACGCUUGCUUUGCUUGCUUUGCUUACUUUAGUUUGCUUUGCUUUACUUUGAAGGCUUUUAUGGCCUAAUGGUAGCUUUGAACGCUGUCAUAGUAGUCAGCUGAUUUUCAAUGCGCGCAAAUAUACCCGCCAUUCUUUGUUGUGCCAGCAAGUAUAAUUGUGAAUUUUAGUUAAAAUAUAUGUUAUUAAACAAUUAUUUGUUACUAAGAACAUUAUUUUUUACAGAUACCUUGCUUUUUUAUCGUUCCGGUUUUGGUGAAGCUGCAUUUGGCUGCGCCACUCACCACCCGUGUUUAUAAGACGUAAUAUUCAAUUGGAGGUAAAAGAGUUUAUAUUAAACAAUUAUUUGUUGCUAACAACAUUAUUUUUUUUCAGAUACCUUGCUUUUUAUCGUUCCGGCCACCAGAUUCGUUGGUUUUCAUAAAGUUUCAUUUGGCAGUACAAAAUGUUGACUCGAAAUGCUGAACAAGUUUUGAGAAUUUUCCUAAUUUUAGCGAAAAUGCGUAAAUUAAAACUGCGAUUAAAACAGAAGCGCCGAUUUUGGGUUCGGAAAUUGUACUUAGAGCGACACAAAUAUGGAUUGUUUGAAAGUUCAUUAAGAAACUUGGCUGCAGAUGAGGAGCAGUUUAACAAGACAUUAAGAAUGCCCUUUUCGUUAUUUAAUGUGCUGCACGAAUUUCUGGAGGCUUCGCUGACCAAAUAUUCAAUCAGAACACCAAUAUCGAGCCGCUGCAGACUAUUUAUAACCCUGAUAUAUUUGGCUCACGGUGGCACUCGGCAAUUCCACACAAUAGUUCACAGGAUCGGCCUGACGACUUUCAGGAAGAUUACGUUGGAGACAUGUAUGACCAUAUGGGAUCUGUUAGCUGACCUGUAUGUGGCGACCCCGUCAGAAACGGAAUGGGGACGUAUUUCCAAUGAGUUCAAGUCGCUGUGGAAUAUGCCCAACUGCGUUGGUUCCAUCGACGGAAAGCACAUUAAUAUUACCUGUCCAGCGAAUUCAGGGUCGAUGUACUAUAAUUACAAAGGCAAUUAUAGUAUCGUGCUUUUGGCCGUAUGUGAUGCCAAUUAUACCUUUACCUGCGUUGACAUCGGAGCAUAUGGAAGUCAAAGCGAUGGCGGUGUCUACCACUUUUCAAAACUGGCAGAUGCUAUUGAAAAUGAUAGGCUCGGCCUUCCACAUGAUCAGCCUCUGCCAGGAGAAACCGAGCCAUUUCCACAUUAUUUAGUAGGAGAUGCUGCUUUUCCCUUACGGCGUUAUUUAAUGCGACCAUAUCCGGGUAGAGGUAUUCCAGAAGAGCAAGAGUAUUUCGAUAAAAGACUCUCUCGUGCAAGAAGAGUUAUAGAAAACGCAUUUGGAAUACUCACUGCCAAAUGGAGAAUAUUGAGAACGACGCUAUGCAUGGCCCCGAAAAAUGCAGAACAAAUAGUGAAAGCUUGUAUUGUCUUGCAUAAUUUUAUUAAGCUUUCGUGUGCAAACUAUGUAGCAAGCGAUUUUGUUGAUCGCUACGAAGAGGAUGCCAUCAUCGCUGGCUCAUGGCGAAACGAAGUAGUUCCAUUGCCCUCAAUAAGUAGGGUGUCAUCGAACCGAGGCAGUUCAAAUAAUUAUGAUUUAAGGGAUGCUCUGAAGACACAUCUUUUUAACAAUAAAAUUUAA